AUGGCGGAAGAAGCACAGGUAAAGGUCAGGUUCUUCACCAGAGAACAGGACGAGAAUUUGAAGAUCGAAGAUACGACUCUUUUUGCUCCAAUAUCGCUUAAAAGAUAUGGUCUUUCUGAAAUCGUGAACCAUCUGCUGAAAGCAGAUUCGCCCGUCCCGUUUGAUUUUCUGAUCGACGGCGAGCUCCUGCGUACCUCGCUAGACUCGUAUUUGACCAAAAAGGGUCUCUCUGCUGAAACCCUGCUCAACGUGGAAUACACCAGGGCAGUGCUACCACCUUCGUAUUUGAAAAGCUUCAACAACGACGAUUGGGUCAGUGCCUUGGACGUGGGCAGCGCACGCAUUCUGAGCGGAUCUUACGAUGGUAUAGUGCGUACCUGGAAUCUUUCGGGCAAAAUCGAAAAACAGUACGCUGGCCAUUCUGGCGCUGUUCGUGCCGUUAGAUACAUUUCCGGCACCAGACUCGUUUCCGGAGCCAACGACCGCACUUUGCGUUUGUGGAAGUCCAAGAACGAUGAUUUGAAGAACAAUCUCGACGCAGACGACGCAGACGACGUCGAAGAAGGCAAAACUUUGGCCAUUUUGGAGGCUCAUAAAGCCCCAGUGGUCACUCUGGAUGUCAGUAACGAUCGCAUUCUGUCCGGCUCAUAUGACCAUUCGCUUGCAUUUUGGUCUACAAACCACAAGGAAAUGACCGCGCUCGAUCCUAUGGAUGCCUUGGGAUCUUCAGUGUCGUCGGCUGCCAAAAAGAGAAGAAAGCUUGCUCUCAAAGACAAUUCUGUGAGAAGGCGGUCUCCUCUCGCACUAUUAGAGUCCCACACCGCUCCCGUGGAAGCUGUUCGUUUCGACGCUCACGACAACACGGUUGGUUACUCUGUGUCCCAAGACCACACCAUCAAAACUUGGGAUUUGGUCACAGCUCGUUGCAUUGAUACAAAAUAUACAUCUUACUCACUAUUGUCUCUGGCACAGCUUCCACAGCUAAAUCUGUUAGCUUGCGGGUCAAGUGCUAGACACAUCACGCUGCAUGAUCCUCGCGUUGGGUCUUCUGCCAAAAUUACUCAACAGCAGCUCAAUGGCCAUAAGAAUUUUGUGGUGGCUCUAGAUACAUGUCCGGAAAAUGAAUAUCUGUUGUGUUCGGGAUCUCACGAUGGAACUGUGAAAGUCUGGGACGUUCGUUCCACGUCCCCAAUGUACACUAUCACCAGGGAAGCUGAUGUUGUUAAAGGUGUGAACGACAAGGUAUUGGACGUCAAGUGGGCUAAAGGCCUAGGUAUCAUCAGUGGUGGACAAGACAAGAAGAUUCAAAUCAACAAAGGAGACGACAUCUUCAAGGCUUGA